CCAGAGCCCGGCCGGCGGCGUCCACCAUGCGCGGCGGCGAGGCUUUCCCGGCCAAGUGCCGCUCCCUCUUCUCCCCCUUCAUCCUGUUGAGCCUGGUCCUCUUCGAGGUGCCCGGGGGCGCCGCGGCCCCCCUGCAGCCGGCCAGAGGGAACCCGCUGGCCAAGAUCUACCCGAGGGGCAGCCACUGGGCCGUAGGCCAUCUAAUGGGGAAAAAGAGCAUUGGAGAUUUUCCCUCUGACUUUGAAGGAGAAAGCAAGAUACCACUGUUCGCAUUACCAGAAAACUUGAAGCAGCUGAGUGAGUACCUGCGGUGGGAAGAAACAGCUCAGAAUUUGCUCCAGCUGCUAGAGGGGAAUGACAACAGAAACAAUCAGCCCCUUCGUGAAGAGCCCCCAGGGUCCCCCAGGAACACUUGGGCCUUGGACAACAAUAACAAUUUUAGAGAUGUGGUGGACUAUCUGCUUCAGGUUCUGAACAUGAAGGAAAGCACUCCAAGCUGAGCAGGCAAUUCCCCUCUAAACUGGAGAGCUCUAUCCUUGAGAGACUAUGUUCCACACACAUCUGAUUGUUACAGAUAAUCAACAACAUCUUCUCUGUGUAAACAAGAUUUCUUCUGUGCAAAAUAAUUAUUCUUGUAUGUUUCAAACUAAACCCCUGUAUUUUCCAGCAUCAUUUUCUUGUCUGAACAGCUUUGCUGUAAAUAGUUGGCCAGGAAGGGUCUUCCAAUGAACAGAAUUAUUUUAUCCCACUCUCACGA